AUGACGAGGGUGGAAAUAUCUAGAAGGCUGAAGGUUCGGUCCUACUUGAAGUGUUUGUUCUACGUGCUAGGGAUCUACGUUUGCUUUUUAUCCUUUGGAUAUUUCCUGGAGAAACUUCUCAAGUUUAAAUAUGAAGAGAAUCGUGUUUAUGGUUUUCCGAUCUUUGUGGUUGUAAUUACAACUUUUUCAAACCUCGUAAUGAGCUCCGCUUUGCUCCUAAUUCACCAUAACAAGACUACUGUACUAUCUAUCCGUCAAUCGCACCGUAAUUUGAAGCACCCUGUGAAAUUUCAAGGCAGUUCUGACGAAUCCUGGAAAACUUCUUCAACCGCCACAUCCGACUCCACUGAUAAGUUGGAGGUCACAUCAUCGUUGUUUUCAGUGCUUGAAAAGAAGCACCUGAUAAAACUUUCAAUCUCGUCCUCAUUUUGCGUUUUGGCGCAGAUGACCUCUACCUGCGCACUUCGACAUGUGGGAACUCCCACACAGGUGGUCAUUAAAAGCUCAAAAAUGGUUCCUAUUCUCAUUGGAGGGUAUCUUCUCUUCAAGAAGAAGUACGCCUGGUACGACGUCAGCUGCGUCAUCUGUGUAACUUUAUCUCUAAUUCUGUUCAACUACGACCACUUUGUAAACUAUAAGAGUAACAAGAAUUCAGUUUUCGGCAUUUUCAUGUGUUUCCUAUCCCUUGUUUGUGAUGCCUUUGUCGGGCCGAUCCAGGACGACGUUCUUUCCAAAGUUGACGUGCAUCCUCACGUCCUAAUGUUUAUCACAAACUUUGUUUCUCUUCCCGUUUCAUUCCUUGUUUGUUUCUUAACUGAGGGUCUUGACCCUUUCUAUAUCCUUUUUAAGCAUAGAUACAUUUUAAGGCUUGUUUUCUUUCUGGCGGUUUCCGGCAGUUUGGGUCAGCUUUUUGUAUUUCUCUGUAUCAAGACUUAUGGCAGUUUGUACACCGGCAUCAUCACAACUUUAAGGAAGGCCUUCACAACUCUCCUUUCUGUGUACAUUUUCAAGCACAAAAUGACUCAACUUCAGUGGUUUUCACUCACUCUGACCUUCUCGAGUAUCUUCUUCCAGCAGUUUUUCAAAAACAAAUCAAGAAAAUCAUUUAAAUCUAAGUAA